GCGCGUUCACAAUCCCUCCCCUUACACUGUGGAGGCGGGAGCGCGCAGUGAAUUCUGUCCAAACUCGAGCGCGAUCAUGAGAAAACAGCCUCUGGACUGCUCAGCAUCUCACGGACACUAAAAUGUAUCAUGUGCCGUCUGCUAACAAAAAUAGCAGAGAUUUCCAGUGGGAUAAAAAGGCUACAUCAUGUUUUGGGAUAAUUUGACAUCUGAGCAUUAAAUAUUGUUUUUAAAUCUCAUCAAGUGUCGUGUUGACUGAAAUCCGCGCGAGCGUUAUGAAUAUAUCACUUACAGGAGCUGAAAAUGGCAACCAAAUACCUGAUGCUUAUUGCCUUGGGGACUGCAGUGAUUGGCAGUGCGCACUGUUGCCCUGAGCAGUGUACCUGCUCUGAUAAAUAUAACCACCAGUUUGCAGAUUGUGCCUACAAAGAACUUCUGGAAGUACCUGUGGGCUUGCCGUCCAAUGUGACCACCCUGAGUCUUUCAGCUAACAAGAUUAAAGUGCUGAAAUCCAAAACCUUUAUAAAUGUGACCCAGGUGACCUCUCUUUGGCUGGCUCACAAUGAAAUCGUCACCGUCGAGAGGGACACCUUGGCUCUGAUGAUCCAGCUGAGAAAUUUGGAUAUUAGCCACAACAAAAUUGUGCAUUUUCCAUGGGAGGACUUGACCAAUCUCACUGCCCUGCAGUUGUUAAAGAUGAACAAUAACGAGAUGGUCAGCAUCCCCAAGAAUGCCUUUUCCAACCUGAAGGACCUGCGUUCGGUCCGUAUUAACAAUAACAAGUUUACCACCAUCGUGCAGGGGACGUUUGAUGCUUUGACUGCCAUGUCCCACCUCCAAAUCUUCCACAACCCCUUCAUCUGCUCCUGCAACCUUGAGUGGCUUAGGGACUGGAUCACCAAAUCCUCAAUCUCAAUCCCUGACCAAAACAACAUUGUCUGCGAUGCUCCUUCCCACCUCAAAGGUACACAGGUCACUAGCAUGCCCAAACUGGAUUAUUUGGUCAUGCUAUACUGCGAAACAAAAGGAACCACUAAACCUGACGUCACAUGGGAGAUAUACGCUGGAAACCAACUAAUUACAUUCCCUUUACCCGCCAUUGUCGAAAAAAUUGAGAUUCCGGUUAAUGGGCCGCCUACGAACACCAGGUUCCUUGUGUUUCAAAACGCCACCUUGAUCAUCCCUCGCAUGAGUAAGAAAGACAACGUGGAGUGGUCCAAGAUAGAGGAGGGUGUCAACGCCUAUCGCUUUCAGGGCCUCAAGCCAGGCACUAAUUACACCCUGUGCCUCACCUAUGGAGGCCAGGACUGUCAAGUCCAAGUGGUCUUCACAUAUUUAUGGCUUGAUGAUAAUUAA